AUGAAAUGGCCUAGUCACUUACUUAAAAAUUAUCACGAUCCUUUUACUCAGACCCUUGAUUUUCCUUUUAGAUUUGGGACUUUUGGGACGCCUUCUAAUGAUUAUGUAUUGUCUAUAUAGUGGUUUUACCAUAAAUGCAUUGAACAUUUUGGGUUGACUUCAGCUGAUAAGGCAGAUUUUGUGCAAAAGUUUAUAGAUAUGAUGUUUGCUUUUGACAAAAAUGAUAAGGAAACACUAAAGAAAAUAAUGAAGGAAGAAAUUUAUGAGAAAUCAAUCAAAGCAUGAAUGAAAUUGAGAAAUGAUGGGUAUCGAGCCAAGUUAUUAAACCGAUGAGAAAAAGUGAUCGAAUAUAGAUUAUUUGGAUACAUUACAUAUACAGGAAUAUCACCUAUUAUCAAUCAAAAUUUUUCUCCAUCGGAAUACGAUGUUUUACAGAUAAAUGCUUUAGGCUAUCCAGUUAGACUUGAAUUUAGCUUAACUCCAAAUCUAAAUUGGAAAAAAUUUGUUCAAUUAAUGUUUUGGGAAAAUAAAUAAUAUAAAAUUUUUCACAAAUAUUUUAAAUCAAAAAAUAAAGAAUAAAUGCAAUAUAUUUGAAUUUUAAUUUAUUUUUAUAAGGAAUUAAUUUAAAAUAUUAAUCAAUUCAGCGUACUAAGUUUUUAAAUAGCAUUCCUUCCAUUAAAGUUAGGUAAAACUCGUUAUAUAAAAAUUAGUACUUUCAACUAUAAAAUUUUCAAUCGAAAAAAUUUUUCAAUUUAAAGGGAUUAAUUUACCCAAAAAUGGGAAUUUACAGUUAUUUUGUUUCUUUUUAAAGGGGGGAGUAAGGAACAAAACUCUUUUAAAUGAAAUUUCAGAUAAAAAUGCAGUAAUUGAAAAGAGUGCAAAUCCUUAUUAUAUAAGAAAUUUUCCAAGAGAUUCCAAACAUCUUCAUGAGCUCUUUGAAAAAUACCCAAUAAUGAUUUGCCAGGUGGAUUUUGGAUUACUUUCAAAAAUGAGGUUCCAAAUAUAUGACAAAUAUUCACAGAAUAGCCUAGCUGAUGGCGAAGCUGAUCCUGAAGAAUAUGAAUUCCAUAUAAUCCGCUUUGAAAAGCUUUUUCCUAGAGAUAAAAAACAAUACGACAAAGAAUAUGGUUUUAGGCGCUUUAUUGAUGCCAAUUUCGAAAAAGAAUUCUAUAAUUGGCAGAUCGUGGAUAUCGAUCAAUACAUAAAUUCAUUUCCAUUCCCUAAAGAAUAA